AUGGCGCAUGAAGCGGCUAAUAGUAAAUUCGUUCUGGCUCUGCUAGAUGAAAAUUGGUUCUAUAUUUAUUUUAUAUCUGUGCAGUUAUGGGCAUGGGAACGAUUCCCAACCAUUCUGUCUUCUCCAUUUCCACCUAUUCCUCCAGCUUGUCCUGUUGGUUUAAGGUGGUCCAACACAGCCACUAAAAUAAGCAUGAGCGAUGAUAUUAAAUUUUAUCGCAAAUUCUUUGAUCGGUUGACCAGAAAAUCUAUUAUUUGGCAACCAUAUCCGCCUUUGGAACAGAUGCCCGAGGACUGUACACAGGGGAUUCGUAUUUGGGGUUCUGUAAUCCCGUUACUUUCUCUGUGUAUUUGUGAAUGGCAUCAGCCUGAUAGGGUCAUGAGGCAAUUUGGUUACCAACAACCAGUUCCAAAUCCUCCAAUGACUCCUGCUCAUGUGCAUGCGUUGACCCUGCGGGGAAAGACUGAUGACGAUUGGACUACAAUAUUAAGUCCAGCACUUGAGCACUGGGCCAAUCGAUAUGCAUACCACUUUGCACCUACUUCUCCACAGGUUGGACUAUUAGGUCCAAAUUCUGAAUACAUGAGGUGGUAUCGCAGAAAGGGGAAAUUGUACAUUGAUCCUGAUGAAGUUAAAGACUCGAUUGUGGGAGACGUAACUGAAUGA